AUGGCAGCUAUGUUCAUAACAAGAAACGCAGUCUUCCGCUUCUCAAAGUCUUUCCCUUACGCCCCUUCACUCUCCCUCAAACCCUCCAGGGUCACCUUCGCCUCUGCUUCCAACUAUUCAGGGUGGAGAAAUGCAGCAGAAGGAACGAGAUAUGACUCUACAGAGGCAAGACGUGAGGCAGAAGAAGACAGAGAUUCUGAAAUGGCAGAGAGAGCCAAAGAAACGGUGAGCGAAGGCAUAGACGAGGCUAAAGAGAAAACAGAGGAAAUGAAAGAUAGAACCAAAGAAUAUGCACACGAUGCAAAAGAGAAGACAAAGGGUGCGGGGGAGUGGGUGGCUGAGAAGACGAAGGAAGGUGGUGAAAAGGCGGCGGAGACAGCGGAGUAUGUGAAAGAUAAAGCCAAGGAGGGUGCACAUGGAGCUAAGGAGAAUACAGAGAAGGUUGCGGAGACGGCGACGGAGAAGUUGAAGAGUGCAGGGGAGAAGACGAAGCAGACAGUGCAAGGUGCGUGGGAGGCAGCCAAGGACACCACGCAGAAGAAAGGAGACGGUGGUUGGCAAGGAUGA